UCUUUGAAAGGCUUUGAAGAUGUUGGACACUAUGAAGCUUAGGCAUGACAGAGCAGCAUUAUAUGUCCUUGCUGCAACUGGCUUAGCUUUAAUAACGAUCCUCAGCGUGUGGAAGUUAAAACAGUUCAAAUAUAGACUCAUAACUGAAUCUGGAGGUGCAAUGUUUUAUGGUAUGCUUCUGGGUUUGGCUGUGAGGUACUUGUCAUCUGAUGAAAGAGGACACAUGGUGAACAGAGAGCGUGUGUGCCCUUGUCACGGUCUGAAUGGCACUUCUCAUAUCUUGCUGGUCAACAUCACAUCACAAGAAUACCUUUGCCGACAUGUUGGAAAAAUCAGUCAAAGCUGCUCCAGACACUCACCCCCUUUUAUGGAGAUCUUUGAUCUGGAGGUCCUCUUCAAUCUGUUCCUGCCACCAAUCAUCUUCUACGGCGGCUACACGCUGAACCAGAAACGGUUCAUCCGGAAUCUGGGAUCUGUUCUGACCUUUGCUUUUGUGGGUACUAUGAUCAGCUGUUUGUGCAUAGGGGCCUGCACCUACGGCUUCACCAGACUGAUGGUGCUGCUGGACCCGGCCAAGGAUGGACAAUUCUCCCUCACUGACUGUCUGCUGUUUGGUGCAAUUAUGUCAGCUACUGACCCAGUCUCAAUCCUUGGCCUGCUGUCAGACCUACAUGUGGAUUUGGAUCUGCACACACUGCUGUUUGGAGAGAGUGUCCUUAAUGAUGCUGUGGCCAUAGUCUUGACACAUGCCAUUGCCACCUACGACCAGAUGGGAACAGGACACGUCUUUGACCCAGCAGCCUUCAUCCACUCGGUUGGCUUCUUUCUUGGCGUCUUCAUCGGUUCUUUCCUCCUUGGAUUCAUAUUCUCUGUAAUAACGGCGCUCCUCACGAAAUUCACCCGGCUGCGUGAGAAUCCCCUGCUGGAAACAUCAGUCUUCCUGCUGCUGUCCUGGAGCAGCUUCCUCUCAGCUGAAGCCAGCGGCCUCUCAGGUAUUGUGGCCGUGCUGUUUUGUGGCCUGAGCCAGGCGAGAUACACAAGUCUCAACUUGUCCCCCGAGGGCAGGACAAGAAGCAAGCAGCUCUUUGAAGUCUUCACCUUCCUGGGGGAGAUUUUCAUCUUCAGCUACAUGGGAUGUAUGUUGUUGAUGUUUCACCACCAUGGCUUCAGCCCUCUCUUCAUUUCCGGGGCAGUUAUAUCCAUUUUUAUUUCAAGAGCAUGCAACAUCUACCCUGUAUCUUUUCUGCUGAAUCUGGGACGUACAAACAAGAUAUCUUACGCCUUCCAGCACUUCAUGAUGUUUGCAGGUUUGAGAGGAGCUGUUGCAUUUAGCCUGGCUGUAAGAGACACGUCAACGGGAGCGAGGUGCAACAUCCUCACCACCACUCUGCUGCUGGUCGCCUUCACCGUCUGGGUGCUGGGUGCCGCUGCGGAUCCCCUGGUGCACCGUCUGGACAUCAGAGUUGGGGAGAAUGCAGAUGAGGAUUCACAGGACUUUUCUUCUCAGGUUGCAGAAAUAACACAGGGUUUGUGGCACCGUCUGGACUACAUAUAUCUCAAGCCCGUUCUGACACAUUCUGGCCCCCCGCUGACUGACUCCUUGCCACAGUGCUGUGGCGUCUUAGCAAGAGUCUUCAGUACCUCCAAAGUGAAGGAGUGUGAAGAGCAGCUCUGCGAGACUGAGCCAGAUGACACCGCUGUUAAUUUGGAGAAAGCCGAGCUGGCAUCUACGGGAGGAGACUCCGGAUCGCAGCACUGCGAGGACCUGUUGGAGGGAGAUUUGGGCCUGGGCACUAGUCCAGGCCUCGUCAUGGUGGCCUGAAUCUCCUGGGGGCAGUGGUGGACAAUAACGGAGUAAAUUUACUUGAGUACUGUACUUAAGUACAUAUCCAGAGGAUUUGUACUUUACUUGAAUAUUAGAUUUCUUUGGUACUUAUUACUCUUACUUGAAUACAUUUCCAAGACAAAUAUUUUUACUUACACUCGAGUAAAUUUCUAAGAAGGCUGAAAAGUACUCGUUACUUUCAGGUCUGCUCUUUUUUCUUCUUCCCUAAAAUCCUAUUGGACACAAGCUGUUUUUGUCAAAGGAGGAGACCUAUCACAGUGCACGCUCUCCACCCCUGAGGGGGAUCCAGACUUAGUUGGAUGGUGCAGGUUCAUUUGGUUUCAGUUCAUGAUUGUUAAUAAACUCUGCAUCAUCUGCUGUCCUCUUAUGAUCCCAUUCAUUUGAUUUGUUUUUGGUGUU